GGCUGGGGCCUGGGGAGUGGCUGUCGGGCUGGGUCAGGUAGAAUUGCUCGCCUUGGGGACCUUUGUUUUAAUAACCUUGAGAGAACCCUUCUUGUAUGAUUUAGAUUUGAUUAGGAAUUCUUUUUGUUCCUUUCCUCAUAACUUGUGUUUCCCUUUGCACUCACUGGGUUAUGUAACUCAUGUUGGAUGAACUUGUAAAAUGAAAAUGUUAGUGAAAUAAACGAAUGAACUUAUGAGAAGUUUAGUGUUCUGGUAUAUCUCAUCUGACUGCCUUCUUUGUAGAAGCAGGGGCCAGAAACAUACCCAAUUAAGACCUGAAUAUUAAGUAGCUCUUAAUUGAGAUAGUUGCAGUUGCAGUUGUGCUUUUGCUUGGAGUCUUAUUGUAGAAGAAGCUCGAUCAGAACCUAGCUUUAUUUAUGGUAAGAAGUUUUUAGUCUCUGAUUGGAUAUGUAGGAGGGCAAUGUUUACUUUAGCCCUGUACGAUUACGAUUACCUGAGACAAAAUAACUUAAUGUUUAUUUUCUGGUUUAAUUUGAGAUGAACGCUCCAGAGAUUUGAAGAUAUUAAGAAAUAGAGUGGCAUUUGUGUGAGGCCAUGGGCACUAAGAAAGGCAAAUUAAUAACAAUGUAGUGCUCGCUGAGUUCCCACUUUUGAGAAACUCACUAGCAUUGACUCAUUUCUAGAGCAUCCUUUAUUACUUAGAUUUGAUUAUUUUUCUGAGUUUUUUAUUGUAAGUUGACAUGAACUAUAGCUUGCUGAAUUGAGCUUCCUAAUUAAUUUAUGAGCAGUCCUAGCAUUAGAUGUGUGUAAAGGGGUUAUUUUUAUAGUUUAAUGGGUAAUUGAUCAAGGAUUGGUGACUGUUGAUGAUUGAAUAGGGCCAAUAGGGGUGAACUUUGUCUUGGUAGCAUUGUUCAGUGACUUAUGCACAAUUCUCCUAUGACUGUAUGGGGGUGUCUUAUAGAGUUCAUUUAAAUCACGUUAGUUCAAAUGGUAAUGCUUGCCAUCCAUAGAAAAUGAUGUUUAUAGAUAUGAAUGCUUUUGACUUUCUGAGCUUUGAGGUAGAAUAUUUGCUGGUAACUUGGAGUUUUAUAGCACUGAGAUUUGUUUGAACAAACAUUGAUUAAUUGUCAUGAGACCAUGUAUACCGUACAAGGGAAGUAGAUUUGCAUUGACAUAGACCCCAAAAAAGGUGUAUUCAAGUUUGUGUUGAUUGUUGAACAUUUUGGUUGAGAUUUUUCAGGGAUUUGGUUUAGAGUUCAGGUUUUGUAUAGUACUAAGUCGAUGGACGAUGAUACAAGCUUUGACUAUUAUACAAGCUUUGACUAUUUUUUGAUAUUAUAUGCGGUCGAUGGACGAUGAUGGGACAACCUAUUAAUCGAAUUCGGGAUCCGCCACUAGAUACAAUAGACAAACACUACAAUCUUUGCACUAAGAAUUGUAGUAAGAUGAUCAAAUUCUCAAAAACAAACUUAAUUAAUAGAGGAUUAGAUGAAGAGAUUGCAAGUUUCUUCAAGUAAAUUGUGGAGAAGAGAGAAUAUUGGAGAGGAGAGGAAAAACUCUUGUUCUCCUCCAAACACGAAAACUCCUUUAAUUAAAAGGAAAUAACAGCAAAAACCCGCAAUCGAGGGAAGCAGCGCGGGCGCGACCCAAAGAGGCGCCGACGCGCCUCCCCAAUUCUGCCAAAAUUUGCAAGUUUCCAGAAACUUAGCGGGAUUUUGACGCGCUUUUAUCGCGGGCCGCGCCACCUUGCGUGGGCACGCUGAACAGUGGCGCGGGCGCUCCACUCCGACACUCUAAAUUAUCUACAGAGAGGAGGAGGGAAGGUAGUUUGGGGGAUUAAUUAGGUGGAAAAAGUGAAAAAGUGAGCCCCAUUAACGUCUAAAUUGGACGAAAAACGCUAUUAGGUAGUGCUACCCAAAUGCUUCAUAACUUUCAGGCAGUUCUAAACAAAUAAAAAAAAAAAGGUAGUUCACAAAUGACCCUAUCUUUAGAGUAGUUCUAGACAAAUUUUCCUAAUUUCAAAGAAAUGGAGGAAGUAAAAACAUGAGUCAUCAAAAGUCCUAAAAGAUUCCGUGUGUGCAGGCUAAUUUAAUUUAAUGGAUAAUAUUUUGUUCCCAAAAAAGGGGGGGGGGAUUUUCUAUACAGUAACCUUGUUAAUUUCACUUUUCUACGUUGUGCCCCAACUUAUAUCACUUUCUAUACUGUAACCCCAAAUACAUUUUGUUUCCAUACGGUAACAUUGCUGUUAUCCCGCCGUUAAAAAAUUCCGUUAAUGGGGCCCACUCUCCAUUUAUUAAUAUUUUUUUAUCGAUUUGUGCGUUGAAAAACCUUCGGUUAAAGGUUUAGGGGGCUAUUUUAUUCAUCAAGGUUUCAAAUUGAGCUCAAAUUUGGCAAAAAAAUAACUUAAAUGCCUCGUUUUGCUUAUUAAAAUAUGUCUCGAUUUACAUUUUCACGUUUUAAUACGCAACACGAGGCAUUUACGUUGCUUUUUUGUGAAAUCUGAGCUCAAUUUGGACCCUUAAGAACUGAAAUAGCCCCCAAAACCUUUAACAGAAGGUUUUCCAAUGCGCAAAUCGAUAAUAAAAUAUUAAUAAAUGGAGGGUGGGCCCCAUUGACGGAAUUUUUUAACGGCAGAAUAACGGCAAGGUUAACGUAUGGAAACAAAAUAUAUAAUGGAAUUACAAUUUAGAAAGUGAUAUAAAUUGGGGCACGUAGAAAAACUCGAAAAAGAAAAAGGAAACGGAAGAAUGUAGCCCUACUUGUCCUCUCUCUCACUCUCAGUUUCCCAUUGAAGCGCACUCCUCGCGUUCUCCAUUGAGGAGCCUUCUGAUAUUUCAAUCCUCCAUUGAAGCAGCUUCUUAGUAAGGAAACUGCUGCACCAUGAUACCAUCAGACCCAUCGGAAAGACUCUCUCUCCUACGUCGAAUCCAAGAGGGAGACCUAGUAAUAGUCUAUGAACGCCAUGACCACAUGAAAGCUGUCAAGGUAAUUGGAGGCUCAGUCCUGCAAAACCGGUUUGGAGUGUUUAAACACUCUGAUUGGAUUGGUAAGCCAUUUGGGUCCAAAGUCUUCAGCCACAAAAAGGGGUUCGUUUACUUGUUGGCACCAACUCCAGAAUUGUGGACAUUGGUUUUAAGCCACAGGACUCAGAUUUUGUACAUAGCGGAUAUUAGCUUCAUAGUUAUGUACUUGGAAAUAGUUCCGGGAUGUGUCGUCCUGGAGUCUGGUACAGGCAGCGGCUCUCUCACGACUUCACUUGCCAGGGCUGUGGCACCGAUAGGUCAUGUGUAUACAUUUGAUUUCCAUGAGCAAAGGGCUGCUUCAGCUAGGGAAGACUUUGAGAAGACAGGAGUGAACAAGUUAAUUACAGUAGGAGUUCGAGAUAUUCAGGGUGAGGGAUUUCCCGAUGAACAUUUAGGACAGGCUGAUGCUGUUUUCUUAGAUUUGCCUCAACCUUGGCUUGCAAUCCCGUCAGCCGGAAAGAUGUUGAAACCAGAUGGGAUUAUGUGCUCAUUUUCGCCUUGCAUCGAGCAAGUACAACGAUCAUGUGAAACUCUCGCAUUGAAGUUUACAGAUAUAAGAACGUUUGAGAUACUCCUUCGAACAUACGAAGUUAAAGAAGUAAGAGCUGAACUUGGUAAAGGAGAUGAGGGUUUCUCCUUUAGAUCACCACCUCACAAGAAAAGACAACAUUCAACUGAAAAAGGCGAUGCAGUGGAAGCUUCUGGUGCCGCAACAGUCAUGGCUAAGCCAUGCAGCGAAGGAAGAGGACACACAGGCUAUCUGACCUUUGCUAGACUGAAAUGCGUUUGAUAAGGCCAAGCUUCUAUUUUGUAUGGAGGGCUGUCUUCUGAUAGACACGGGAGACACGAUGUGCAUUCAUGAGGAGUUUCCGCUUGCAGAAUCAAUCAGUGCACCGAUUUUGGGAAUGAGUGCUAAGGAUGUGGGCAGGCUUAUAUGAAAAGGACAAAAGCAAGUGAUUGCUGAACGCAGAAACACUAUUGAGAAAGACAAUUUUAAUACUCUUUGGGCACAAUUUUGGGUUUAUUGUUGCAAGUCAACAUACAAAUGAUCUCCUGCUAAUUCGAUACCCCGAUUUGUUUUCAUUGUUCAUUCGCUGGACUUUGAACUUCCAAGGUUAUAAGUUUUCAAAGGUCAGUUCUAUAGCUCAAAAAUCUGUAAAAUUUUUGUACUGCCUCUUUUUUUUCCUCUCAUGGAAAUACCUUCACCAAAUUUUGAGUACCCUAGUACAUCUUUACAUUUUAACGUGCUUGUCUUUUAGAGUGUGUGCUUUGUAAUUUUAUAUUAAUUCUAAUCGCUCAUUUAGUAGGUGGUAAUAAAUAGUGGUAGUGGUUAAUUUGCAAGGAAAGUUUGAUGUCAACGUCUUUGGUAAGCUUGUUUUUAGUAGUACUCGUACCAUUUUAUUUA